UACCUGCUAGGCGGCAGGAAUUGCGACGAAGUCCGUCGAAGGAUCCUUCCUGGGUAGUAUAGGAGAGGGGGAUUUAAUCAUACAUAAAGAGGCAACGAGUCCACAUCCUCUCUCAAUUGCAAUUGUCGUCACUACCUCGGGCGGACACAUUGACUCCACAGAGCUCACCACGCCACCACCAUCACCAGCGUCACAUCGUCCUUCUCCACUACUACAACCAACAACAAUGUCUCUCAUCACGCUCGAAGUCCCCAAGGAGUAUGGCUAUGUCCUCGCCGUCGCGACCGGCACCCUCUUCCUCGGCGCCUGGCACGGCGGCCGCGUGAUGCCCUUCCGCAAGGCCGCCGGCGUGCCCUACCCCUACCAGUACGCGUCUAAGGAGCAGAUUGACGCGUGCGAUGACGCGAAGCAGAAGUCGGCGCUGCAGGUGUACAACUGCGCGCAGCGCGCCCACUACAACUACAUCGAGAACCACCCCACCUUCCUCACCGCAAUGCUCAUCUCGGGCCUGCGCUACCCCGUCGCUGCCGCCUCGGUCGGCGCCGCCUGGUGCCUGGGCCGCACGCUCUACGCGAUCGGCUACACGCGCCCGAACACCGAGAACGGCAAGGGCCGCCUCAUUGGCGUGUGGGCCAGCUUGCUGCAGAUUGGUAUGCUCGGCACGGCCGCGUGGACGUGCUGGAAGCUGUGCGCUUAGGUGGGGAUUGUGUAGAGGAACGGGAUGGGGGUGCAGGGUGUGUAAUUAAAAUGUCUAGACGCGGUUAUAGGAUUGGAUUAUGAAGGAGGUUUUGUGCUGAGGCGUGGGUGUAUGGUGCGCUGGUGUUGGUGAGGUGAGCACCUAGAGGUGCGUCUUGCGGCGUUAAUGUCACGUCAAAGCCAAUACCUACCAAUGCCGUGGAAGACCAAUGCUGUGGACCUGGACGCAAACAGCACCUACUUCCCAUGUACCUACCUACCUACGGAGCACUUACUCCCACCUGCUCAAUCCUUCACAGACCGUCCCCGCAUC